UUUUUUUUGGAUCGAUUCGACAAUCCAAUAAAAAGUUAUCAUAAAAAUAAUAAGCAAAACAUACCCGGGUAGGUGGUUAUAGAAAUGAAGGUUAAAAUAACAAGGUGAAGUUGUUCAGAGCAAAAUGACAUUUCUCGACUUGACAUAACUGUUCCCGGGGCUCCGGUAUAAAAAUCGGGGUGGGCUGGUGCGGGGUAAUGAAAUUUGUAUGCAGAGAGUAACAGAUGUCUCCCACAUUGUCGCCCAGCAAAAGCGAUAAAAAUCAACCUUCUAAAUACAUUAUCCUUGGACUACACAGUUUUAUUAAAAUCCAAGUGUAUAUACAAAGUUCAUGAGGCCGCGUUUACACAUAGUUGUUGUGUUUACGUUUGGAUAGUUCGAUACUUGAAUUGACACCUUAACAAGUAUGCCUGGGAUAAGGCAAUCGCAAGGAGGAAAUGCCUUGUGCUAGAUUUAACAUUAGAACCUUUUUUGUCACAUCGCAUUCGAGAAAGGUGUGUUAUUCCACUUGCCGUCGUGACUACUCAUUGAAAUUUUCUGACUUUUAUUUAUUUUUAACGAUCUUUCGAAUGCACGUAUAAAAUUUUUUUUAUUUCAUAUGGUAGUUAAAAAAAAUAAUUUCAACCUAAAACCGCCAUAUGGGACAUUUUUGUCCUGUAAGCAAAAUUAAUUGUGAUGGCUGGCAUCCUUGCUGUCAACGAGUGACGAGUGUGCUUCUGCAAGUCUGGCAGCACUGGCGUGUACGCUUUUUCGUGACAAGGCAUGUCAAUACGAAUAGAACAAUUAAGUGCGUGAAAGUAUUUAACUACAUACGGACUUGUACUCUUGCUUACUACGUGCUUAUUUGUUUAUUUGUAUAUUUAUUAAAAUGAUAAGCCCACUCGAUAUAUGUAAGAGUACAAUAGGAAUAUAACAUAUAUAGUCACGCGCUUUAUACAACAAUAACAAGGACGCUAAAGAUUCAGGCGAGAUGCGCGAAGCAAAUUAAUGCGACUCAACACAUUUGCUAUCGUCAUGCCGGGCUCAUACGCAUCAGAUGCAGCAUUCAGAGCAAGACAUAUACGCAAAAACGGGUCUCGAGAGGCGAAUGCAGUCCUUGUCUUUGGGAUGGCCAGCAUCGCCCGAGGGCGGAGGGUUCUUGCAGGCACUUAUAGCUGUAUAGACGAGAGCAAUACCGGACAAUCGAUGCUACCGUUGAUAAGCCCAACGAUAAAAGCCAGCCUAGCAUUUCGCAUUCGGUCGUCGAGUUGGGGUAACCCGAGCAACAAACAUCUUGUUGUGUAGUCGUUGUUGCUGCGCCACGAACGGAGCGCGAAACGGGUAGCUCUUAGCUGGAUGGACUCCAAGCGUGAGUUAUAGGAACAAAGCAGAAUCAUAGAUACACGGGGCGACUAUGGGCUUCGAACGACGAGAUCCGUUCACCGCGGUUGUCAGAAGGCGCUAACUUGGCGCUCAGUUUUAAAAUAACGUACCAUUGAGAGACCGUAAGAAGCUCGUGAAAGAAUGAGUUCUACCUGCCGGGGUCGAACGUUCCCGUUUAUAUGGGGAGAAAUCUGCGAGGUUUUGCGCUGCGGAUUUGGAACGAAUGUUGUUUUUAAUGUAACGUUUUGCUUUAAAUUUUGCUUUAAAUGAUUGAAGUGAAUUGAACCAAGAGGUAUAGAACAUUUUGUAAAUGUUAUGUGAUCUAUUUCCAAUAAAAAAAGUUUUCAUCACUUUUGUAAAUGCAUAUAAAAAACAUAAAAUAUAUCGGAAUAUAAAUAUAAAUACAAACAUCUUGUCAUGUAUGGUCCAACCUGCUGUUGGGAAUUAUUGCGCUACCUGGCCAACCGCCUUUUGACGUCUGUCAAUUUCGGGCGCGCCUUCGGGUUAAGCUUCGCUUUUUACGCACUCCCGCUCUAUCUUGAAAACAAACUUAACGUGAAUAAAAGUUGAACUGAAUUAUUAAACACAAAAUACAACAUUUUGGUGUCAGAAGUGGGAUUCCUCGCAAAGUGAAACGGAUUGAAAACACAAUGGCUCAGCUUGAUCACGAAUCUAUGACACAGCUUUCGACAAUGAUCGCCCAAGCGAUAAAAUCGGCAAUAGGUACACCCAACGCGCAGGUGAAUAGAGACGACGCUGCUCCCCAACCAAAAAUGCCAACAUUCUCGCACCCGGCUUUUCAUGCGUCGGAUGAAUCAACAGUCGAAGACUAUUUUAACAGACUGGAGUGGGCGCUAAAACUGAGCAAUAUCCCCACCGAUAAAUACGCGGACUAUGCGCGCGUGCACAUGGGAACAGAAUUAAACAAUGCUCUUAAAUUUCUCGUCACCCCAAAGUGGCCAGAGGAAAUUCCCUACGAAGAGCUUCGAAAAACACUCGAGAACCACUUCGACCAGAAGAAGAACAAGUUUGUUGAGAGUGUCAAAUUCCGUAACAUUUUGCAACAAAGGGGCGAAAUGAUUUCACAAUUUGUUCUACGACUCAAACAAGGGGCUGCCUACUGUGAGUAUGACGAUUUUCUCGACAGAAUGUUGAUUGAACAAAUGCUCCACGGCAUGGAAGCACGCGACAUUUGUGACGAAAUCAUCGCAAAAAACCCCAGCACGUUUAAAGAAGCUUUUGAUUUCGUAUUAACGCUCGAAGCCACACGGAAUACAGUUCGUGAUAUCUCCACGGCGACACCGUCGGCGUCAGCAGAAGCUACCAAUAAGUUGGGUUAUGAAAACCCUCAGACUAAAAAGCAACAACCAUUCCGUCGAGCAGAACCUCCUACCAAAACGUUCGCUUCACAUUCCAGAUGGACACACGAACAAAGCAACAACACUGCAGCUACGCCCUGCAACGGUUGUGGUGGGCCGCAUCCAAGAAGCCUUUGCCGCUUUCGCAACGCCCUAUGCCAUACAUGUAACAAAAAAGGUCACAUUUCGCAGGUUUGCCGAGCAGGAAACACACCACGCGAACGAUCGAACAUUGAUCAGGUUGCGGAUUUCAACAUCGAUCCCGUACAAUCCAUUAAUACGAUACGCAACUCAGCUCCCGCCGCCAAAUUGAUGAUCGAUAUAAAAAUUGAUGGAAAACGCACCAGCAUGGAACUCGACACGGGAGCACCGUGUGGGAUUAUGGGGGAGACCACGUUACGGUCACUAAAAACAAACUAUUAUUUUCUUCCUACAGAUAGGCAGUUUACCAGCUACACCGGUCACCGCAUCCAUUGUCUGGGCCGAUUGCCCGUAAACGUGUCUGUUGGCACGGUAACCCGUCGGUUAAACCUGUACAUAGUAGCGGGACAAACAGACGCCCUCUUCGGUCGUGAGUGGAUCGCCCAAUUCGUUGAUCAGAUAGACCUUGGCAAAAUGAUAGCUCCAAACACACAUGUCAACGCUGUUACCAGCUCGAAGCUCACGAUAGAACACGAAACCCAGUUGAAUUCGUUGCUCGACAGUUUCCGUUCCGUGUUUAGCGACGUUCCAGGUAAAUUGACCGGACCACCAGCAUCAGUGCAUCUCAAACCUGAUGCAACGCCAAUUUUUGCUAAAGCCCGAGAUGUGCCAUUGGCGUUACGCGAUAAGUACGCAGCAGAAAUCGAAAAAAAACUCAAAUCCGGGUUUUACGAAAAGGUGGAAUUUUCCGAGUGGGCUUCGCCGACCCACGUGGUGGCUAAGAAAAAUGGUAAUAUCCGAAUUACUGGCAACUAUAAGCCCACAGUAAACCCAAGAAUGAUUAUUGACGAACAUCCUAUACCCAGAGUGGAAACCAUUUUCAACCGUAUGAAGGGAGCCACACUUUUCUGCCACUUAGACAUAACCGAUGCGUACACGCACUUGAAAAUCGAUGAAGAGUUUCGUAAAAUCCUCACCCUGAAUACCACCACGCAUGGACUCAUACGUCCGACACGAGCUGUGUAUGGCGCGGCAAAUAUCCCUGCUAUUUGGCAGCGCCGAAUGGAAACAGUACUACACGGCUUAACCAACGUAGUGAGUUUCUAUGAUGACAUUAUUGUUUUCGCUGCCGAUUUCGAAGCACUGCUAGUAGCCCUCGAUUCCACAUUAAGUCGAUUGGAACAGAGUGGUCUAAAACUAAAUCGAUCAAAAUGCGUAUUUGCGGUACGAUCCCUUGAGUGUUUGGGACACUGCAUCGACCAAGAAGGUUUGCACAAGUCCUCAAAACAUGUUGAAGCCAUACGAGAUGCACCAAGACCAUCAACACCAGAAGAGUUGCAACUUUUUUUAGGCAAAGCAACCUAUUAUUCGGCAUUCAUUCCGAAUCUCUCUGCGAGAACGAAAGUGCUGCGUUACAAACAAGCAAUUUUGAAUGGUCACCAGAAGCAGACGAAUCAUACCAAGACGUGAAAGAAACAUUAAUAUCACCACAGGUCCUCAUGCAAUACGACCCAACCUUACCGCUAAUUCUAGCUACAGAUGCGAGCAAAACCGGCUUAGGUGCAGUUCUUUCUCACCGUCUGAGUAACGGAACAGAACGUCCAAUCGCCUACGCUAGCUGCAGUUUGUCAUCAACCGAGCAACGCUAUCCGGUCAUUGAUAAAGAAGCUUUGGCAAUCGUGUGGGCCAUUAAGAAAUUCUUUCACUACUUGUACGCACGCAAGUUCAUACUGAUCGCAGACCACAAACCGCUGACUCAAAUUUUUCAUCCGGAAAAAUCAUUACCAACCCUAUGCAUCAGUCGGAUGGCGAAUUAUGCCGACUAUUUGUCACACUUCAAUUUUACAAUUGAAUACAGACCAACAAACCAAAAUACCAAUGCCGACUAUUGUUCCCGUAUCCCAAGUACAUCUACGCUAUCUGAUGUGAAUUGCCUUUCUCUUCAUGAGGGAGGAAAUGCCCAAAACGAGUUUGAGAGCUUUGUCUUGCACCAGAUCCAACAGCUACCAGUACGAGCAGAACACAUCGCGCACGAGACACGCAAAGAUCCUAACCUCGGGAAAAUCUUACAGGAGCUCGAAAUGGGCCGAAGUCUUGCACACGCUGGAUACAAAGCACCAGAAGCAAAGUAUACAUUGGUAGCUGGCUGCCUACUAUUUGAACACCGGGUGGUUAUCCCAACAAUCCUCCGCCCAGCGAUCCUGAACGACCUACAUACUGGGCACAUUGGUAUCGUAAAAAUGAAAUCGAUGGCACGUUCCUAUGUCUACUGGCCAGGGAUAGAUAUGGAAAUCGAGCGAACCGCCAAAUCGUGUGUACAAUGCGCACAACAAGCGACAGCACCACCGAAGUUCAGUAGUCACCAUUGGGAGUACCCAUCCAACCCGUGGGAGAGAAUACACAUCGACUACGCUGGAUCCGUAUCAGGAGCGAUGUUAUUGCUGGUAGUUGACGCGUACGGCAAGUGGGUCGAAGUAAAAAUAACGCACUCCACAACAUCUGCCGCCACCAUUGAUCUGCUAGAUGGACUGUUUGCUACGUAUGGUGCGCCAGUAACAGUAGUGUCGGAUAAUGGAACCCAAUUUACAUCCGCCGAGUUUAAAUCGUUCCUUCAAAGAAGUGGUGUAAAAUUCCAUAAACUAUCCGCACCGUACCACCCGGCGACGAAUGGACAAGCUGAACGCUACGUCCAGACAGUGAAGCGUGCAUUGAAAGCGAUGGGAACAUCAAGCCAUAACCUACAGGCAAACCUCAAUCUCUUCUUACAACAAUAUCGCAAAGCACCUCAUAACGAAACAUGAGAAUCACCAGCGAAUCUGUUCCUGGGUCGAAACAUCAGAACACGCUUAGAUAUAGUUCGACCGCAAAACACACACGCUAGACUCACUGAAAAGCAACAUAUGGAAUUCAAAGCAAAUUAUCGCUCUUUCUUGCCGGGACAACAAAUCUAUUGCUUAUCUGGUAACUCGCAAAUGGAUAAGUGGAUACCAGCAACGGUGCAUGCUCGCUUAGGAGACCUACAUUACGAUGUUUUAUAUCAAGGAAAACAUCUGAAGCGACAUGUAGACCAGAUCAGAUCUUUCCUGAGCAACAAUCAGUCCACCAAAGUAACGAACGAACCGGAGACAACCCGAGCAGGUAGAGAAAAUCAACACAGGCACUACAACGGCAACACCCAACCGACACAACUACGAUCCAGCGGAGAAGAUUCCCCAGACAUGGCCUCCGAUGGAACCGAGUCAUCCAGUACAGAGUACGCAACACCGAUUAGCAGCCCCGAACCAGUUGCUAGAAACACUCCACCAGUACUACGUCGCAGCGACAGGGCACGCCGCCCACCUCUGAGGUACUCGCCGUAGUUUCUCUUUAAGAAGGGAGGAAUUGUCAUGUAUGGUCCAACCUGCUGUUGGGAAUUAUUGCGCUACCUGGCCAACCGCCUUUUGACGUCUGUCAAUUUCUGGCGCGCCUUCGGGUUAAGCUUCGCUUUUUACGCACUCCCGCUCUAUCUUGAAAACAAACUUAACGUGAAUAAAAGUUGAACUGAAUUAUUAAACACAAAAUACAACACAUCUAUAAUAAUAUAGUUAAAUAAAUACAUCUAUAUAUAUAGUUACGUAGACCGAAUAGCUGAGUCCACGUAAUAAGAAGCCAACACGUGGACACGCGCACCGAGCAACGACCGCAUCACCGGAACACGCGCGCAUAGCAACAUGACGCGCAUAGCAACGGGAACCGGCACGUGGACACGCGCAUACCGGAUAUGCAGAGUCAGCAGCUAUAGGGUAGAAUCGAAGGCUAGGUGCAUUGUAAAAUUUAAGAAAUAAGUUAGUUGUGAUUUGGAUCAGCUCAGUGUAAGAAGCGCUUGCGCUUAAGCAAUAAAGUUUUUUUUAUGAAACGUGAAGCCUUGCACUUAUAAUUGGCGCAGCCGUCCGGAGUGAUUUAAGUGAGUGUAAUUGUGUCAAAAGUGGAAAAGUAAGAGACUGGAAAAACUCUAACUAAAGUGAUCCCGCAAGUGAUAAAAGUUAUCCAACGCAUCCGGAGCAACACAGGAAGACAACAUCGAUCGAAGCUGUAUUCCGCCGAGGAGUUGAGGAUCCCCCACGCAGUUACCCACCUGGAAGGAAAACCAGCAUCGUUAAAUCACGAACCCGCGACACGACAGCAAGAAAAAAAAAUCGCUUGGAGAUCGAAAAUGCAAUACUUUCCGAUAACAUUCAUGCUAAUCCUGCUUACACAACUCUCGCAAAGUAAAGAAUUAGAAAUCAUAGAUUUGAACAGGCAACCGAUAUUU